UGUCAACAUGGCGGCAUCCAUGGCAUCCCAGGCUGCAGCAAGAGGACUGAGGACAGUUACCUCAAAGCACGUCCUUCUGGACAAACUCAAGUGCACCUGGUUGAGUCCCAGGAGAUGGCUGAAUCUGCAAGAGUACCAGAGCAAGAAGCUGAUGCAAGAGAGCGGCGUGGCUGUCCAGCGCUUCUAUGUGGCCGACACGGCUUCCGAGGCCCUGGAGGCUGCAAAGAGACUCAAUGCCAAGGAGAUCGUGCUAAAAGCUCAGAUUCUGGCCGGCGGCAGAGGCAAGGGUGUGUUUGACAGCGGCCUUAAAGGUGGAGUGCACUUAACUAAGGACCCUGCAGUGGUUGGCGAGCUGGCCAAUAAGAUGCUGGGUUUCAACCUGACGACCAAGCAGACACCGAAAGACGGAGUGAAAGUGAAAACGGUCAUGGUUGCUGAGGCCCUGGACAUUAGCAGAGAAACCUACUUUGCCAUCCUGAUGGACCGCUCCUGCAAUGGUCCCGUCAUGGUAGGAAGCCCCCAGGGAGGUAUGGAUAUUGAGGAGGUAGCAGCCAACAGCCCCGAACUCAUCUUUAAGGAAGUCAUAGAUAUAUUUGAAGGUGUGCAAGACGACCAGGCACUGCGCAUGGCAGCUAAUUUGGGUUUCAAAGGACCUCUGCAGAGACAGGCAGCAGAUCAGAUUAAGAGGCUCUAUGAUCUGUUCCUGAAAGUCGACGCCACUCAAGUCGAAGUCAAUCCUCUCGGAGAGACUCCCGAAGGACAAGUGAUUUGCUUUGAUGCUAAGAUCAACUUUGACGACAACGCUGAGUUCCGUCAGAAAGCCGUGUUUGCCAUGGAUGACAUGACGGAGAGCGACCCCACAGAGAUGGAGGCAGCCAAGUGGGACCUCAAAUAUAUCGGACUGGACGGAAACAUCGCCUGCUUUGUGAAUGGAGCCGGGUUGGCCAUGGCCACAUGUGACAUCAUUGACCUGCAUGGAGGAAAGCCCGCUAACUUCCUGGACCUGGGGGGAGGUGUCAAAGAGAGGCAGGUGUACGAGGCCUUUAAGCUGCUCACUGCUGAUCCUAAGGUUGAGGCCAUCCUGGUCAACAUCUUCGGUGGGAUCGUCAACUGUGCCAUCAUCGCCAACGGCAUCACCAAGGCCUGUCGAGAGCUGGAGCUGAAGGUGCCACUGGUGGUCAGGCUGGAAGGGACCAACGUCCAGGAGGCCAAGAGGAUUCUGACCGAGAGCGGCCUGCCCAUCACUGCGGCAGAAAACCUGGAUGACGCCGCCAAGAAAGCAGUGGCCGCCAUCAAGAAAUAGGAGACCCUCCGUGUAACCCAACUACAGUCUGUCCAACGUCCACAACCAUCACACAUCAGCACCGUCAGCCUUUUCUUACACAUGCAGACCUCCAGAGCUUCAAGCCUUUGCUCACAUAGGCCUUCGCUUUAACACCAGACUCGAGUAUUACUUUCCGUUUGAACUUUUACCCUCACUUUUCCUGCAACAGUGCAAAUUAGCUUUCACAUUUUUUUCUCUAAUAAAUGCAUAUUAAUUGGCAUAAAUCACUCUCAGGUUUGUUAUUAUUUUACAUAAUGAAAGUCAACAUAAUCUUGUCAUGGAAUAUCACAGUGCUCUAGAGAAAUCGGAUGGAGACCCAACACUUUGUGCAUUCCAUUUUCCAUAUGGUGGCAUUUGUAUGAAAUGUUAGUUAAGAGAGACAUUCUCCCCUUACUCUUUCAGCCUUUAGGUACUCUAAAGGCACAGUAUGACUGAAGAACAGCCCAUUCAAGCGUGGAGGAAUCGUUUGAUGGCACGUAGCUACAAAACAGAAGACGAGCAGUUAACUUUAGAUCUAUGAGUCUGUUUUCUUAGUGACUUUAUUGUGCAAAAUGGUCCAGAUCCAUAAAUCCAUCCAAUGCCUUACCUGUGUCUCAAACGAGGUAUAUGAAGUACCUACGCUGUGAAUUUUGUACAUCAUGUCUCAGUUGUUGAAAUGCUCUAUGGGAAGAAAUGUGCUGCCUGUUAGAAUCUGUGCCUGUUUCACGCAGGCUAACGGGUUUUGUAAACUAUCCCAGCAGUAGUUUCAUACAGAGAGGUGUUGAGAAAACAAAAUCAAAACUACAAUUCUACUUAGAUUUUUUUAUAAUCGUGAAUGUAUAUUGACAGGAUGUCUUGAAUACAGUGUGAAAACUCUAUAUAUAAUUUGAGAGAUUAAAAAGAAAUUCUUCAAGA